AUGGCAAAUAAAGAUCAAGGCGAUACACUCAGUUUGGGUCUGAAAGCUCCCACACACCCAAGCAACUGCUUGGCCUUUUUGAAUCCCCCAGCUGAGACCCCAGUCCAAAUGGCCCGGUUGCGCAUGCGCAUCGUCGUCGUCGGCGCUGGUCUAGGGGGACUUGCAACUGCGAUUGCGCUCGCCAGCUCCGGCCACACAGUUACUGUGUACGAACAGGCGCCUGAGCUAGGAGAAGUUGGCGCGGGCAUUCAAAUCCCGUCUAAUUCAACGAAGCUGCUCAAGAAGUUCGGACUCGACCCUUACUUAAAAGACUACAUCACCGAGCCAGAGGCGAUGGCGUUCCGACGCUGGCAAACGGGCCAAGUAAUCGGGUUGACUCGUCUGAUCCCCGAGUUUCGAGCCACGUUCGGCGCGCCCUACUAUGUCAUUCACCGGGCGAAUCUUCACUCGGCCUUGCAUCGGCGAGCAGUUGAUCUGGGAGUGACAGUUAAAUUGGCCUCGCGGGUAGUCAGCUACGAAACUCAAGGCCCAAACAUCGAGCUUUCGGAUGGGUCCUUUGUGUCGGCGGACCUUGUUGUCGCAGCAGAUGGAGUCAAGUCGAUCGCUCGAGGGUUCAUCCAUGAAAGUGGCAAUCAACCCCCCGAGCGGACGGGCUUUGCAGCCUAUCGAGCUACGGUGGAUGUAGCACGCAUAAAGGCAGACCCAGAUCUCGCGUGGCUGCUAGAAAAGACUUCUUUGAAUCUCUGGGUCGGCGACCAGCGACAUGUCAUGACAUACACCAUUGGAGGAGGCAAGUCCUUUAAUAUGGUCCUCUCGCAUCCUGACCAUACCGACCCAUCAACGUGGGACCAGACAACAGCUCUGAGCGAUAUGCGGAGAGAGUUCCAAGGAUGGGAUGCACGUCUGCAAAAAAUCAUCAGUUUCAUCGAAAAAACACUCAAAUGGCCGUUGAUGAGCUGUGCACCUAUGACCCGGUGGACGAAGAACAAAACCGUAAUCCUCGGAGACGCAGCACAUGCAAUGCUGCCCUACAUGUCCCAAGGCGCAGCAAUGGCCGUUGAAGAUGGAGUGGCUCUCGCUCGAUCUCUGUCUAAGGUUAGCAGUAUUGCGGAAAUUCCGAAGGCCCUCGCCGUCUUCGAACAAGUCCGCAUCGAACGAUCUGGCAUGAUGCAGGAGGCGAGUCUUCUAAAUGGAAAGCUGUGGCAUUUUCCCGAUGGACCUCUUCAGCAGGCUCGGGAUGAGGCUAUGCGUCCGGAGACAUUGGGAAUACCUUUUAGUCACAGUCCUAAUCAGUGGAGUGAUCCGGCUACGCAGAUGUGGUGUUAUGGGUAUGAUACUGAGACGGAGAUUGAUAAGGCGUGGGCCUGUUCUUUGGCUGUAAAAAGUGUCCUUUAG